AUGACACACGACAGCGUCUGGUUUUCUCGCCCCCGUAAGUACGGUAAGGGCAGCCGCCAGUGCCGCCUUUGCGCGCACCAGGCUGGUUUGAUUCGCAAGUACGGUCUUGACCUUUGCCGUCAGUGCUUCCGCGAAAAGUCGGCCGCUAUCGGGUUCCAGAAGACACGAUGAGCCCUGCAUCAUCAUCUCUUUCCACCCCUCUCGCU